CUGGUGCGGGUGUUGUCUCGAAUAUCCGGACAUUAUUAAAUCAAGUAAAUCCCGCUUUUAUCCCGUUAAUUUGUUUAAAAUGACGUCGCUCUCGUUACCGCGCGUCCUUCAUCCGCGUAAAACCAGCCUGGAAAUCGAGAGGGAAAACUUGGAAAAGGCCCAGAUUUGCAUGCCCAUUUUCCAUAACUAACUAACCCGCUCGUAUUGCAUGUUUCUAAUAUUCAAUUGAUAUGGCUAAAAUAUAUACUGAGCGAGACUAUGAGAAAUAUUCGCAAGCCCUACAAAAGGCGAUCAACGGCCAAGAAUGCCCCGUCAAGCAGAAACAUGUCAGAUCGGCCAUCAUCGGCACAUUUCAAACCCAAAGCGCCAAAAUAUUUUGGGCCUACGCCCUAAGGUUACCGGCGAUGGAAGAUCAAAUAGUCGCGUGGAAGUUGUGCCAUGUGGUGCACAAGGUCCUGAGGGAAGGACACCCGUUAUGUCUGGUGGACAGUCAGAGGCACAGGAAGGAACUGGACGAAAUCGGGAAACUGUGGGGACAUUUAGAGGGGGGCUACGGGAAAAUGAUCCGGUUGUAUACCGCCUUGCUGAUUAACAAGUUGGAGUUCCAUAAGAGGAACCCCAGGUUUCCGGGACACAUGGGGGUCACCUACAAGGAGCUGGAGAGUAUCGGAGGGAAUGAAGAUGAUAUUUUUUUUGAUUUGGUAAUAGAGAUGUUUGAUUAUGUGGAUCAUGUGCUCGCCUUACAAGAUGCCGUAUUUGGUUCAUUAAACAUGGCCAGAUCGAACUCCAUGACCAGCGCGGGGCAGUGCAGACUCGCCCCACUAAUCCCUUGCAUCCAAGACGCCUCUAAGCUCUACGACUACUGCGUGAAAAUAUUAUUCAGAUUAUACAUGCGACAACCGUACGACGUCCUGGCCGGGCAUAGGGAGCGUUUCGUUAAACAAUUCAGAGCCUUAAAGAAGUUCUACGAGAACACCAGUAACUUGCAGUACUUCAAGGAUCUGAUCUCCAUUAGUCCCCUGCCCGAGAAUCCGCCGGACUUUGAGUGGGGUUUCCGGAACUACGUGACGCAGGAGGUGGUGGUACCGCAGGAGCCGGAACACGAGGAGGAACCGCCCCCGCCGAUCCAGGAGGAGAAUCUGAUCGACACGACCGACCACCACGUGGAGGCGGUGAACGACCACGUGGAGCAGCACACGAUCCAGGUGAGCGUCGCCGCCCACCAGGAGAUCAUCCAGGAGCGGGAGUUUUUGAGGGGUCAAUGCGAGAAAUUGAGGGACGAAAUAAACUCCCUAAUGUCGAAAAACCAACGGGAUAUCGCCACAAUGCAAUUGAAAAUCUCCCACUUGGAACACGACCUGGCGACGAAAGACAGCGAGCUGGAGCACGAGAAACAAGUGAAGGAGGAUCUGCUCACUCAAAGUUUCGCCGUCGCACAAAAUCAGGACUCGGAACAGAAACAGUUUCACGAGAAAUUCGACAAGUUGAAGUCGAUUUACGUGAAGUUACGGGACGAGCACGUGACCGAGAUCCGAAAGAAAGCGGAGAUUGAAAAGAAACUGUCCACGGCCCUAAAGGCCCUGGAACGUUUGCACGAACUGGAAAUGGAGAAGGAGAAGCUGGAGGUGGCCGAGAGGCAGAAAUCCGAAGAGUUGAGUGCCCUGCAAAAGGAUAAGGAGCUGUUUAAUAUGGAAACGGAGAUCCUAAAAAAGAGCGCGACAGACGCGUGCCAACAGAAGGACAGCCUGCAGCAAGAAAUCCAAAGGAUUUUACGAGAAAAAGACCUUCUCAGGCAAAAAUCCGAAGAACUCUCUUAUAAAUUAACAGAGCUAGAGGGGCAGAUAGACAAUGAGCGCAAAGAGGUACAGCUCAAUCUACAAUCCCUCGUAAAAAAAUGCAUCGAAAACGGCGAGGAUGUUUUAAGACACGUCAUACAGGAGGUGGAUAAUCCUGCCACAAGCGGACUUACUUGUAACCCGGAUUAUUUAAGGGGACUUACCGAAGAUUGCAAAAACUGUCUAGAAGACACGUUAAGUCUGAUAUACACCGACUACGGCACGAUUAUAACGACAACGAAUAAAAUCGCCCAUAGACACGCCCUGUUUAUUUUACAAGGGAGAGCCACAAGUAACACGAGUCCCGAUAUACAUUUCGGCGAAAAAAUGGUGGAAACUUGUAAGGUGCUAGGAGAAAUAGUCCUGCGCCUACUGGAACAUAUAAAAAAGAAUCAAAGUACUGAGUCAGUGGUGAGGGAGGCACUGGACAAACUGGAGGAGAUCACCCGACUGGGAGACGACAUCAGUAAGUCCUUGCUGGGGGAAAAGGCCGAAAACCUGGACGAGAUGCUCGAGGACGAAAUGUCUCUGAUGGACAAGGCGAUCGAGGAGGCGGCCAAUAAGAUUCAGGAAAUGUUAACGAAUUCGAGGGCGGCCGACUCCGGAAUCAAACUGGAGGUGAACGAGAAAAUCCUGGAUACGUGCACGAAACUGAUGCAAGCCAUACGACUGUUGGUGAAAAAAUCCAGACUGUUACAGGCGGAGAUUGUCGCACAAGGACGGGGUACCGCCAGCGCCAAAGACUUCUACAAACGCAACCACCAGUGGACCGACGGUUUUAUUUCGGCCGCGAAAGCCGUCGGUGCGGCCGCCCAAUUUUUACUUACGGCAGCGGAUAAGGUGGUCGUCUCCAACGGUAAACUGGAGCAACUGGUGGUGGCCGCCCAAGAAAUCGCCGCCUCCACCGCCCAAUUGGUGGUCGCGUGUCGCGUGAAGGCGGACAGGACCAGCGAGAACUUGCAACAGUUGAAAGUGGCUUCAAGGGGGGUGACGGGGGCCACGGGGGAGGUGGUGGCGACCGUCAAGGAUUGCGGACAACUGAUGGAGGAAAACGAGGAACUGGACGUGUCCAAUCUCUCCUUGCACCAAGCGAAACGUCUGGAAAUGGAGUCGCAGGUGCGCGUCUUAGAACUGGAAAAGGAGCUGGAACAGGAGAGAUAUCGACUGGCGAAACUGCGUAAGCACCACUACCAACUGGCCGGGGAGACAUGACCUGAACCGCUCAUGUAUUACAAUAAGAAGGAUUGCUUUAUAUGUCUCUGAUUUUUUUAUUAAUUUAUUUAGGGAUCCAAAGAGUGCAGUGUAGUCACUGAUGUUCCAGUGACACCUUAUUAUUAUUAUUAUUAUUAUAAGCUUCUUUUCUAUAUUUUUCUUAUUAUUAGUCCUUUAUAUGCUAUCGACUACUAAAAAAUACCAGUGUUAAAAUAUAGACUGUGAAAAAUGGCAUUUUUGCCAUAGAUUUAGGUAAGUUGUUGACCCCACCUCACCCCCAGUAUAUUAAAUGGUGAAUGCGUUAACCCUCCCCCCAACGGUUUUUAUGUAUAAGUAGUGUUAUAGUUUACCCCGUUUACAUUUUAUACAUAUAUGUAGUUAUUAAUACCCCAUUUUGAUGUUAAUAAAUAACGAUUAAAAAUUA